AUGGGAAGUGUGGGUAGGAAGAGCGAGAAGAAAGAUGGGCGUGAGCUGACUAGUGAUGACUCGGUGAGCGAGUCGAGAGCGAGCAGCCGUACCAGUCGCUCUGAGAGUCGAUCUACUUGUGGUGAUAAUUCUUUGGGUUGGCCUAUCAGAAAAGCUGCUAAUUGCUUGGGAGAUGAUGGCUCCCAUGGAAAAACCAAGCCCCCCCAAUUGGCCGAUGAUUUUGGGUUGAAGAAGAACAAGGGCUCAACAGAUUCAGAAACUGAGAUGAUGAAAGAACGGUUCGCGAAAUUACUGCUCGGUGAGGACAUGUCGGGAAGCGGUAAAGGGGUUUGCCCGGCGUUGGCCAUUUCUAAUGCCAUCACCAAUCUCUGCGCUACUGUCUUUGGGCAAUUGUGGAGAUUGGAACCUUUGCCGGUCGAAAAGAAGGCAAUGUGGACGAGAGAGAUGGAGUGGCUACUUUGUGCCAGUGACUACAUUGUUGAACUGAAACCAUCUUGGCAAACAUUUCCUGAUGGAACUAGGCUCGAGGUAGUGAUGACUUCUAGGCCAAGAUCGGAUCUUUUUAUUAAUCUCCCAGCUCUGCGUAAACUCGACAACAUGUUACUAGAGAUACUUGAUGGGUUCACAGAUACGGAAUUUUGGUACGUAGAUCAAGGCAUAGUGGCACCGGAGGCUGAUGGGUCAGCCUCUUUCCGAAAAGCUGUUCAGCGGCAGGAAGACAAAUGGUGGCUGCCUGUGCCACGUGUCCCCGCAGGCGGUCUUCCUGAGGCCACGAGAAAGCAAUUGAGUAACAAGCGUGAAUUCGCAAAUCAAAUACUUAAAGCCGCUAUGGCUAUCAACAGCAUUGCUCUAGCUGAGAUGGAUGUGCCCGAUUCGUACCUGGAAACUCUUCCAAAGAACGGGAGAGCGUGCCUAGGGGACAUCAUCUACCGUUACAUAACGUCCGAACACUUCUCAUCCGAGUGCCUGCUCGACUGCCUCGACCUCUCCUCCGAACACAUUGCCCUGGAAAUAGCAAACAGAGUGGAGGCAGCAAUUUACGUUUGGCGCAGGAGGGGACACCACCCCAGGCCCCCGCCCCACUCGACCCGAUCUUCCGUCAAGUCAUCGUGGGAAAUCAUGAAGGAUUUCGUGACAGAUGGCGACAAGAGGGAGCUGCUUGCGGAACGGGCCGAAACCCUCCUCAAUUCCUUGAAACAACGUUUCCCGGGCCUCACACAGACAACCUUGGACACCUCCAAAAUCCAGUGCAACAAGGAUGUUGGGAAGUCCAUUCUCGAGAGCUACUCUCGAGUCCUGGAGAGCCUGGCGUUCAACAUAGUGGCCCGCAUCGAGGAUCUGCUCUAUGUGGACGAUAUCACGAGACAGUCGGACAAGCUGUCAUCGGGUGGGCCCACUCUGGGCCUGAUCUCCCGCCCGCUGGCAUUGGUGCCCGUCUCGGGCACCCCGGCGCGAACAACAGCAUACUCGACCCCGAGAUUCUCCCCCGCCGGGGCCCCGCUGGUGAGCCCUGCAGGGGCAGGCGAGCGGACGCCCUUCCUUGGGGCCAACUGCAACAAGCUUCCGCGCCGUGGGCUCGGGGUGAAGCGGGCCCUCACGAACUACCUCGGGGGAGGUGGUGGUGGGGGGGAAGGGAAGGUGAGGUCGGCGGGGAGUAUUUUGGAAGGUGGGGGGUCUGGUUCGGUUUCCAACAGAGUUGUUGUUACUGGUGGUGAAGGGGCUGCUGCUGCUGCAUUGUCACGUGUAAGCAUCCAAGGGAAAGAACGGGGGGCCAUCUGUGGUGGGCCCGUGACCAGACAGAUGGACCGGUAG